AUGGCCGAUGAUGACACAGCCCAAACCAAUGAGCCAGCCCUAAACCGGAACUGUGAUUAUGACGAAAGACCAAGAACACAAAUCGAGUUGCUGGUGGUGCUGAUCUUCAAUGACAGACGACAGCCUUCGAGAAAAAAUAAACAUGGACUAUAUAUGAGAGUAGUCUGGGUGGGUUCCAUCAUAGAAAUAACUAUUGAUGACCUCUGUGCAGAAGACAAGGAUUCCUCACCAUCAGAAUUGGUGUAUUCCGUUACUCCACCUAGCAAUGGGCACUUGGCUCUGAAGUCUUCUCCAAACAAGAGCAUCCUUAGUUUUACCCAGGCUCAUAUAACUGAAGGGCAUCUGGUAUUUGUACACAAUGGAGCAAUGUCUGGAGGCUUCAGCUUUCAGGUGACAGAUGGUUUGAACUUUGCACCUCAACAGAUUUUUAGCAUCAUAGCACAUACACUGGUCAUUAGCCUUGAAGAGAACAAAGGACUUGGAGUCUUUCCAGGUUCCAGGAAACCUGUUUCACAACUUGAUCUUAAAGCUGUAACCAAUGAUGUGAUCAGUGCAGGAAACAGAAGUAUAACUUUUAUGAUUGUAACUUUCCCAAAACUUGGAGGGCUGAUCAGAGUAAAUUCCGAUGAUACCACUCAGGAAAUUCUCAGUUUUACACAGUCUAUGGUUGAUGAAGGUGUGAUCAUGUACGAACACUUACAUGCUGAGUUAGCUGGCUGGAGUGCAGAAGAUUUCUUUACAUUUACUGUCUCCUCUCCGCCAUCAGCUCUGGACCUCCAGGUGUUCCAUAUUGUCAUUUCAUAUGAAAUUACCAGAGAUGAUCGGAAUAGUCGUCUUCUAGCAAAUACAGGUGCCACAGUCCAGGAAGGAGGCAGAGUAUUGAUCAAUAAAACAAAUUUAGAUGCUUCAAAUCUAUUGAUUAAACUACCUGACAUACAGCGUUCCAUGUAUGAAGUCUGGUAUCAGGUUGUUUCUUUCCCCCAACAUGGCAUGAUUGUUGUUGGAGAAAGAAACGUUACCAAAGAAAAACCUAAUUUCUCCCAAUACAUACUGAACAAAUUUGGAAUUGUGUAUGUACAUGAUAAUUCUGAAUCGCUUAAUGACAGUUUUGCUUUUGCUGUUUGGUUAAACCUAAAGAGCGAGUCUGCAACAAAGCCCCAUAGUGAAGUUUUAGAGGAGAUGUUUAAUAUCACUGUUUUUCCAGUGAAUGACCGAUCUCCAGAACUCAAGACUAAAAGGCUGCACUUGAAAGUCCUGCAAGGAGAUAUGUCCGUGCUGGGGUCAGAGAACCUGAAAGUUGAAGACUUAGAUAAUGCCCCAGCUGAGCUCAAAUAUACCAUUGUUAGCAACCCCAAUAAUGGUUAUUUAGCAAUAAAAAGCAAUCUCAGUGUCUCUAUAAAAGAUUUCACACAAGCUGAUGUUGACAGUGGUAACAUUUGGUAUGUACAGGAUGGAAGUUCAUCUUCUGGGGUGUUUUGUUUCAGUGUGACUGACGGUAAACAUCGCCCUUUAUACAAACUGUUCAGUCUUGAAGUCAUACCAAUUGUUCUUGUCCUAGUCAACCUUACCAAUGUUGUACUUCCCCAGGGCCAGACAUCUGUCACUAUUACUAAUGUUCAGCUUUCAGCUGUCACAAAUGGAAAAAGCACUAACAUUAUGUAUGAAGUAACUCAGCCACUCAAAUACGGGCACCUGAUGAUUGGAAAUAAGCAGGUUACUAAAUUUGAGCAGGCAGAUUUGUACUCGGGAAGGCUCUCCUACCACCUGUCAAAUCUCACUGCAUCCGAAGAAGUACUGAAGUUCAUGCUUUUCACUGCAGAAGGCAAUCUAACAGGACAAGUGCUGAACAUCACAGUGAAGCCUUUAGUACAAGUUGUACCUGAUCUGCAGAUUUCAAAUGGAGUGGCUUAUAAAUUUGGAAGCAGUGACCUGGAUGCAUCUGAGCUAGCUAAUUUAACAAAUAGUAAUCCUAGAUUUGAAGUGAUAGUGCCCCCCUCACAUGGAAAGAUUGUAAAGAAAAAGUUUGUGAGCGGUGCAGUGUUUGAAGACAUUCAGACAUUCACCCAGGCUGACAUUGAUGGUGGUGUUUUGCUUCUAGACAUAGAUACAAAUAUGACGGGCAUUGAUCUGUUAAAUGACUCAUUUACAUUUAUACUCAGGGCAGAUGCUGUGCAACCUGCUGUUGGCUGUUUUCAGUAUUCCAUUGUGCCACACAGUCCUCCACUUGUGCAGGGUUUUACGACAGAAGUGCCUUUUGUAACCAGCAUGACUACUUUAAAAGUUCAUACUACCUCAAAGUAUGAGGCACCAGCUUCCUCACAGGAGGAAGAGCCUGCAAUAGCACCACAGAAGCCUGAAUCAACUAAGUGGCCUGGGCAGAAUCACUGGGGAUAUCUACAUGAGAAAGGCCCAUUGCUAAAUCUGGCAAUGAGAACAAGUGUAUCUGAGGAGAUAAAGACUACAAGCCAGGUUAAUGCCAAGAGUCCCAGAGAGCAGGUGGGUGAAAGCAGCAAUGCUUGGUACAUCAUUAUCCCUCUGGUCCUGGUGUCUGUGCUACUCAUUGUUGCUGUUACUUUUGUGUGCAUUUUGUUAAUGUGCCAGAAGAAAGAGAAGACGAAAUCACUUGUCAAAAGUCAAGCAGAUGCAAUCCUCAGUAGUCCAGGUCGGUGUCUGGAAUGGAGCUUGACUGUACCUACUGUUACAGUGACUCCUCUUCUGAAGGGUGCUGAGAGAAGUGCAGCAUCAACAUUCAUGGCAGUAAGACAUGAGCAGCUGCUUCCUGCAGUGGUUUCUCCAACUAUAGAAAGGCCUCUGCAAAAUGGCAUUUUAAAUCUUGAUCCUGAAGUCAUCCAAUAUUGUCGGAAAACAAACCCAACUUUGAAGCGCAAUCAGUACUGGGUGUAGUUACUCCGGUUUUGGUCAUGCUAAUUGAUGUAGUACGGAACAGAGAAUAUACGUUGUUGACAUAUAAUUUGUUCUUUAUACACUCAUUUAUUAUAGGUCAAAUGAUGCACUAGAUGAAAUCUAAAUACCUGUGAAAUAAUAAUAAUAAUAAAAAUCUUAGUGAUUACAGUGGCCAUAAAAGAAGAUUUCCAGCUAGUACAUCAGCAAAGUUCUCACUUAAUUCAGUGCAGAAUUUGGCCUCAUGUAUUUUGAGUGCAUUCUAUGUAUGCACUAUUUUUUAUUUUCCAUGACAGGUAAAAUGGAAUGUUGUAUCAUGGAUUAUAUAUUUUUAAUAGAAUUUCUUUUCUUCGAAGAAGUAAUUUUUUAUAAACGUCUUGUAUUCCUUCCUGAACCAUAACUUGUAUUCGAAGAACUUUAAACUGUUCCAAUAGGUAAUUGCCAUGGUGCUAAUCUCAAUAAUAUAAUUUUGACCUGAAGGCUGUUCAGAGGCCAGUACAGAAGAAACAAAGCUGUGAUUAUUUUGACGGGUGUUCAUCCAGGUCACUGAACUGGAAAUCCGGAAUUCAACUCAGCAACAAUAGUACAGUACUGAAUAAGGAUUCUGGUAAAAUGCUGUGAGAUGUUGUUUGUUCUUUUGAUUUCUUUUUCCUUAUUUGAUACUGAACUCUAGCCUUUAGUGUCUGCAGGCUGGAAAAAUACAUCUGUGACCCGUAAUCCACAUGCCAAAAACUGUGUAUCUGCCAGCCAGCCUGUCUGCUGAAUUAUCUUCAGGCUUAGGUUAUGUCUGGAUGUGCAUAUCAAAAUUUCCUACUCCUGACAAAGGGGUUAAUUCUGCUUUCAGUGAAGCAAACAUAACUUUCUCUGGAGUUUGUGUAUUCAAGCAGAUGACAGUAGAAUUAAGUCCUAUGCUGCAUAUUGUCAUGUGUCAUGGAGCUACUGAUAGAAACAAUCCUGUGAGGUAGCGUGUAUCCUAUUUUGAAGUUUCACAAUUUACUCUUCAUCUCCCAGAACACUGAACACAUAUGCAUUACACGCUACGAACAGAGUAUUACGUACUUACUAACUUUGCUCUGGUAAUAAAAUGUGCAAUAGUUUCUGUUCAAAAGGAAUAUUCUAGCAUUUUUGGAAAUCCAAGCUCUACAGUGAUAUGCAGCCUCCAGUUAAGGUCCAGUUUUUCUUCCACAGAGGACAAAUGACAAAAUUCCUGUUGACUUCAAAAAAUGAACUGAAUAAACUCAAGGGAAUGGUGGUGUGAUCAUAACCAGUUUCUUACUACCACUCAAAUCCUCAUCUAUUUUCUACCUCUAUAUUGUUACAGCUUCCAGAUAGCUUCUUUGUAAAAACACUGUUCUCAGCACUCUCAGGACUGCACUCGCUCAGUUAACACUGGAAUACCUUUUUUAUUUAGGCCUAUGUACUGUCAUUUUCACUUUUAUACAGUGGAUUUAUGGAUCUCAAGAGCCUUGGUGCUAUUCAUUUCAUGCUGCUUUGUUUUGGAUGAUUUUUUAUUGUUGAUGAUUAGGUAUGUUUCUGUAAUUUAUAUAUUUCAAUUAUGGGAAAUUUUUACCUACAAGGAGGGCCAGACUUAAACUCCAUACUGCUGUGUUCUGAUAACUAAACACAGGAGCACUGGGAAUAGUCCCUCUCAUUUUUACCACCUCUGCCGUGUUCAACCAUGAUCGCGGUGCAUUUUUAAGCAAUACAUUUUUCAGAGCCCACUUCAAGAAGAGUAGCUCAUCACCAGAAAAUAUGCAAGCCAUCUCUUCAGCUGGUCAAGUUGUUAGGGCACCAGAGACUAAAGAUAUGAACCCUUUAUAUACUCAAACUAAAAUGUAUUUGAACACCAAGGUUUUUUGUCUGUCAUUACCAUAUUUUCCCUGAUGGCAGCAUGUGAAUUCAAGUACCUGAUCAGUGUAAAAGGCUCGGGAUGUUCAUGUGUCUCUUAUGGACCACUGUAGAUCUACAUUGUGGACUUUUCUGCUUUUCCAAGAAAAUCUCUGGCACUGUUUUGAGGUGGUGUUGUCAGCCAUCACAGAGGCAACCCAGCAUCCUUUGCAGAGGUACAGCUGUAUGUCUUUUGCCAUUUCCUGAGACCUCUUCUACUAAUACCAAGCAGACAGCAGCUUCCUCCAGAUCCCAGCUGUCAGCUGCAGGCUGCCUCCAAUGCCUUCUGGACAGUAGCAGCAACCUGAUCCCUUUACACCUUCUCCAAGGCCACACUCCAAGGAGGAGUAAAGAAUUGUAAUCCUGACGCUUUCCUGAUACCUAAUGAAGCCUGCCUCACGUUGCUCUACCACUGAGACUGUCCUGUUAACAGCAAGAGGUCUCAUGCUCCAAUUCUGACCAGGAGAUCAAGCGGUGUGCCUACAGUUUGGUACAGUUUGGACAAUGCCGAAAGCUCCUGGAGUCUGGUGACAAAAUGCACACUGCUGACUUGUGACAGGCUGAACAAAAAUAUAAAAGUGAAAUGCAUGCUUCAUGAGAUUUUAAUAAAGAUGUUGGUGUAAGGACAGGUGUGCCCAAAUCGGGAUGUGUAGUAGAGAUGGAGCAUGGGGCUUCCGUAUUGCUGGCAAUGUAAAAGUGAGACCAUGACAUAAUAGUGAUGAAGUCAAAGAACCUGCAAUGCAAUUAGAACUCCACAACUGGGCAUUCCUGAGUUUGAGCACUUGCAUGUUCUGAGCAAGGAAUCCUAUAUGAAAACCUCAGAAAAGGUGAUAGAAUUUGUGCCGGCUCUUUUGGCUUUAGCAUAAGGGGUUGAAGUCUUACUCACUGUUUCCAAAAUGGCUUUGGCUGACAACAGAUGUUCAUUUCAAGUAGAUCAGGAAUUAUGGGAUUGAAUCUUGAGCAUUUGGCUCAAUUUUUAAAACACUGAGGGUUUUUUCCAAUUUUGUUUUUUUGUUUGUUUUUAAUUAUUAAAAUCAGCCUAAACACCUAAUUCAUCAGAGUAGUGUGCAAGCAUUCAGUUUUCUCCCUCAGCUGUUGCUACUGUGAGGCAGCUGUGCCAAAAUGGCUACCAUAUUAUGCAGUGUUUUAAUGAAAACUGUGUAUGGAUGUGAGCUUAUUGUGUCAGUGAUUACUUGGUUUAAUGCAAAAUGCAGAGGUAAUAUUGUAGCUGAUUACUACAUAUGAAUUUUUCUUUAAUAUCCCACCCUGAAUCCCUAUUUAAAAAAAAAAAGUAAAAAAUCUGAUUACAAUAAUGUGAACUUUCUCUGUGGGUGGUACAGAGUAAUCUUUGCCAGAGAACAGUCUACGUUGUUCACACAUAGAUGUUUUAUAUAGAUGAGAGAAGUCAGUCCUGGCUUAGCUAGAAGUCCAGCUUUGAGAUGGUACAAUCUAGCUAGGAUGAAUCACAUACUGGGUUUCCUAAAUUACUAUCAAUCUAGAAAACUCAAAAAACCCCCACAUUUUGUGCUUAUGGAUUCUUUUGUGAUUCUAGGAACCGACGUAGUUAACGGUCAGGAUCUGGUUUGAAUAUUUUGGUUGUUUCACUUGACCUUGAAGUUAUAUGUUUUAUUUAGUGAAGAUGAGGUUUGUGAAGGAUUCCUUCUUUUACCAAAUGGAAUUCUAAACUGCAACAUGGAAGUCCCUUGAAAACAUAUAUUAAAUGUUUUGUUUAUAAUCUA